AUGGAAGAACUAGAAUCUUCAGAAUUAGGAACUUUGGAGUACUGGGAAAAUCGCUACAAAGAUGAAAUUCACAAUUUCUCUAACCAUGGUGAUCCUGGUGAAGUUUGGUUUGGAGAAGACAUUGUAGAUCGUGUUAUUCGCUGGAUGAACGAAUCCGAUAUUAUUGAGAAAAACUCGAAAAUAGUUGAUAUUGGUUGUGGAAAUGGUAUGCUGCUAGUGGAAUUAGCUAAUGAAGGGUAUAGAAAUCUCAUAGGACUGGAUUAUUCCGAAAAUGCCAUAGACUUAGCUAGAAAAAUUGCAGAAAAGCAAAAUUUGAGCAUUGAGUUCAUGACUUGUGAUGUUUUGAAAGGACUGCCAGAUAAGUAUGAGGUAGUACAUGAUAAAGGAACAUAUGAUGCUAUCAGCCUAAGUGAGAACCCUAAAGAACAAAGGGAAAAAUAUAUUGAAACAGUACACCACAGUCUUGAUGAGAUGGGUGUUUUAAUUAUUACCUCUUGCAACUGGACACAGAAUGAACUAGAGGAACAAUUCAAUGGUAAAUUCCAAAGAACAGCAACCAUCCCAACCCCUCAAUUCAAAUUUGGUGGAAAAAUUGGAAGUGUUGUUACAUGUUGUGUUUUCCAGAAAAAAUAA